GUGCCUCAUCUAUAAUUAUCUUGUAUCGACCACGAACUAGAUUCAGUCGUUUCAAUUCCAUAUACACGUGGUUACUUUUGUCUUCCUUUCCACGUAGAUAUCUAAACCUUUUGUGUUGUUGCUGAAAUGGUUGGAUUUUUCUUUGUUGUGCUGAUGGCGCACGCCGCUUAUGGAGACGUGAGCUAUUCUUUUCCGGAGGAGAUGAAACGCGCAUCUGUGAUUGGAAAUAUAGCAAAGGAUCUCGGGCUCGAUAUGGAAAAACUAUCAAGUCGAGAGGCACGAAUUGAUAAUGGAGAUAACCGACAACGAUUCAGUGAUAUUAAUCUAAAUACCGGAGAACUGACUGUAGCGGAGAGAAUCGACAGAGAGCAGAUUUGUGGAAAGAAAGCUUCAUGUGUUAUUAAACAGGAGCUCGUGCUGGAAAAUCCUUUAGAGCUGCAACGAUUUAUUCUCAAUAUUCAGGACAUAAAUGAUAAUUCACCACAAUUCAAACAAAGUGUGAUCAAAUUCGAAAUAAGGGAGUCUGCAGAAAAAGGAUCUCGUUACUUAUUAGAUGAGGCCUACGAUGCGGAUAUUGGUAUGAAUUCGGUGCAAUCAUAUGUGAUAAAAGACAAUGAACACUUUCUUCUUAGUGUACUAACGCGUGAAAAUGGAAGAAAAUAUGGAGAGCUAGUUCUUAAUAAAGAGUUAGAUCGUGAGGAGCAGACAGAGGUAACAUUAAUUCUCACUGCGGUAGACGGCGGGACUCCACCGAGAUCAGGUACUGUAGCCAUACACGUCACUGUGCUGGAUGCUAAUGAUAAUGCUCCAGUCUUUAGUCAGACCGUCUAUAAAGUCAGUCUGCCUGAAAAUUCUCCUCUAGAUACUGUAGUGGUGACAGUGAGCGCUACUGAUGCUGACGAGGGACAAAAUGGAGAAGUGACAUAUGAAUUUGGACAUUUAUUAGAACGCCUUAUGGAUACAUUUUCUCUCGACGCGUUGUCUGGAGAAAUUAAAUUAACAGGGCUCAUUGAUUAUGAGGAUGAGAGUUCAAUUGAACUGCCAAUUCAGGCCAAGGAUGGUCAAGGAUUAGCCAGUCAUUGUUCUGUAUUAAUUGAUGUUAUUGACGUCAAUGAUAAUGCCCCAAAAAUAAUGAGUAAAUAUGUUAAAAUAUCCAUUCCUGAGAAUGUGUUACCCGGUACAGAGGUUGGCAUCAUUAAUGUGCAGGACAGAGACUCUGAGAAUAACGGAGAGGUGCGCUGCUCCAUUCAGCAAAACGUCCCAUUUAAACUCGUGCCUUCAGUCAAAAAUUACUAUUCUCUGGUGACCACAGGUGAAUUAGACCGCGUGAGAGAUAACGGACAGCCCUCUCUCUCAGUCACGUGCGCAUUGUAUUUACUUAUAUCAGAUAACUUGGCUGAAGUUCCAGAACUGAAAGACAUGUCUCGUGACGAGAGCAGCUCCAAACUGACGUUUUAUUUGAUCAUCGCGCUGGUGUCCGUUUCCACUUUCUUCCUGACCUUCAUCAUCAUCAUCCUGGCCGUGAGGUUUUGUCGCAGGAGAAAGCCCAGACUGUUGUUUGAUGGAGCUGUAGCCAUUCCCAGCGCGUAUCUUCCUCCAAAUUACGCAGAGGUGGAGGGCGCGGGAACUCUCCGCAGCACUUACAAUUAUGACGCAUACCUGACCACGGGCUCGCGCACUAGUGACUUCAAGUUCGUCAGAUCUUAUAAUGAGGGCACACUGACUGCUGACCUGACUCUGAAAAAGACUCAGUCCUCAGUGGAUGAUCUUGAAGGACUCCAUGCGGAAAUGAACGAUCCGUUUCAGCAGGCUCUUAAAAAUGUCACGUAUCGCAAGUCUUGA